CCGGAUGAAGAGACAAACGUGGUUUGUAGAGAGUUGAGUGAGGUUGUUGUUUUUCAUUGUAGUUUAUGUUCCGUCCCGUUAAUUACUCGAAAUGACUGAAAGUAAAGCCGAAGCGGCUCCUCAGAGGGCCAAAGAGCUGCUGGCUCUGGACCCCAAACAGGAGUCUGAGUUCAAGAAGAAGGUGCAGGAGGCGAAGAAGAACAAAUCCGGCAAGGAGAGCCGUUUGACGCCUGGAGUGAUUUAUGUUGGUCACCUGCCUGUCGGGCUGUUUGAACCACAGCUGAAAUCUUACUUUGAACAGUUUGGGAAAGUCUUGAGGCUGCGGCUGUCCAGGAGUAAAAAGACAGGUGGGAGCAAAGGAUAUGCGUUUGUAGAGUUUGAAUGUGACGAGGUUGCCAAAAUUGUUGCCGAGACCAUGAACAAUUAUCUCAUGGGAGAGAGACUCAUCAAAUGUCACUUGAUGCCUCCAGAGAAGGUGCAUGAGAAGCUGUUCGUUGGCUCCCAAAAAGAAUUUGCAAAACCCUCAAAUCCUGCUGUGGCGCGCUACAACAAGAAACGCACAGAGGAGCAGGUCGCCAAGAUGAAAAGCAGACUCCUGCGGAAAGAGGCGAAGCUCCGCAAGAGAAUCGCAGCACACGGCAUCGACUACGACUUCCCUGGAUUUGCUGCCCAGGUGCCUCAGAAGAAGAAGUCCUCAGAUUCCAUGGAUGCAUCUACAUGUAGUGAUGACACCACGCCACUCUGCACCCCCUCUGUCCUGGAGAGGAGGAAGUCCAUGGUCGUCAAUGACGACGAUGAAGAUGAUGAAAUUGUCAUUAAGAUGCCAGCUGCGGUGGAUGAUGAAGAGAGCUCGUCAGAGGAAGACGGUGAGGAGAAGGACUCAGAGAGCGAGGAGCCCGCUGAAGAGGGCGCAGAGACACAGUGAAAGUCCUCACUGUGUUAGUGUGGACUUUAUUCUCUGGCUGUCGGAGUACAGUCGCAUGCAUCAACUUUGAACUGUGUUCAGAAAUCAGUGUGUCUUUCAAUAUGUGGAAAUCACACCAUUUGAGACACUUGUAUGAAAGAUACCGCCAUGAUUGUGGGUAUUACUUCAGUGAGCACAUUGGAUGGUGCGUGCAAAAUCACAGAGUCUGAUUUAUGGGCAGCAGUUGUGCCUGGACUUACUUGACAUCGACAGAUGUGCCUCUCAGUCUUGCAGCAGGCCGUUAUGCUCCCUUGUCUUCGAGUGUUGUUAAAUUUGUACUGUUAACCAGUGGUUCUCAUCCCUUUUUCUUAUCGAGGACUCAUAUCAUAAAAUUUAGCAAUAAUUAGUUUUUUUUAGAAAUGGUUAAGACCAGAAUUCUUAAGUUGUUAUCCACAGUUGAGGAGAUAAGCAUGGAGAAAGUGAAACCUGUGAUCAGAAUAGACACUCUCAUGACUCACACUCACACUGGGCUCACUUCUGUUGUGAGUUAAAUAUUGAAAAAAAAUAUUCCCCAUUUUUCCGGGGACUCCCGAGAACUCCCUCAAGAACCCCUGGGCAUCCCUGGACCCCUGGUUGAGACCCACCGAUGUAAACUAUGAUCUUUAAAAUAAAUGAUCCAAAAAUGUA